CAGCUGUACCUGGGUUCGUCAAUCGGGGUGUCCCAGAUGCCGCUGCACCGCUGCGAGGUGUACGGGAAGGCCUGCGCCGAGUGCUGCCUGGCCCGGGACCCCUACUGCGCCUGGGACGGCACCGAGUGCUCCCGCUACUUCCCCAUGGCCAAGAGACGCACCCGCCGGCAGGACAUCCGCAACGGGGACCCUCUGACCCAGUGCCAGGACCUGCAGCACCAAGAUGAGCUGAACGGGCAGACCACCAUGCUGGAGAAGCGUGUGUACGGCGUGGAGAACAGCAGCACCUUCCUGGAGUGCAGCCCCAAGUCCCAACGCGCCGUCACCUCCUGGAGCUACCAGAAGACCAGCGGUGGGGACCGCAAGCAGGAGGUCAAGGCCGAGGAGCGGUUCGUCCGCACCGAGCAGGGUCUUCUGAUCCGCACGCUGGCCCGGGGCGACUCGGGGCUCUACCUGUGCCAGGCGGUGGAGCACGGCUUCAUGCAGACGCUGGUGCGGGUCGCCCUGGAGGUCAUAGUCACCGAGCGUCUGGAGGACAUGUUGCACCGCGCCGAAGACACUGCCAGCCCCUCCCCCGCCCGGGAUCGUCUCCCUCCUCAUCCACCUCCGCCGCACCUUCCUCCUCCUCCUCCUCCUCCUCCUUCCUCACCGCACCGGGAAUCGCCCAACCAGAAGCUGUGGUACCGGGACUUCCUGUCCCUGGUCGACCACCCCACGCUCAACAGCGUGGACGAGUUCUGCGAGCAGGUGUGGAAGCGGGAGAGGAAGCACAAGCGGCAGAAGGCUCAGCUGCUGCAGCAGGGGCAGAUCCAGCAGCAGCAGCAGCAGCAGCAGGAGCAGCAGAGAGGGCAGAGUCCCGCCGUGCACGCCCACGGGCCUCACGUGCACGCCCACGGGCUGGCAAGCGCCAAGUGGAAACACCUGCAGGAUCGGCAGAAGGGGCGCAACCGGAGGACCCACGAACUAGAGAGGGCGCCACGCAGCGUCUGACGCCCCCGUGACCUUUGACCUUUGGCCAACAAGCGGACCCUGAACUCUGAACUCAAACCUCAUCUUGUUCCUGGUGCACGGAUCACAAGCCCCGCCCCCCGCCCCCUCCCUCCCCAACCCCUCGUUGACGUUUCAUUCCCGUACUGAUAUAUCCCGUACAAUAACAGGCUUCUUCAGACUCUGGAUGGAAAACAGUCACAAUCAUUUCCUGUUCUUCUGGUUGACGUGUAUGUGUGUAUAUGUGUGUGUCUGUGUGUGUGUGUGUGUGUGAGUAUAUGUGCGUGGGCAACCUAUUUUACAGAAACACAGCCUGUAUACAGAGGUCUGUGUCUCAAUACCUGACAAGGUAUUCUGACAGCCAGCCCUGACUAGAUAUAAUCCACACACACACACAGACACACACGCACACCCCCCCACACACACACACACACACACACACACACACACACACACACACACACACACACACACACACACACCCACACGCUUGUCUGGUCCAUCAGUGCCAUAGUGACAUUGUACAGUAGUCAGGUGUCUUUGUUAAUGUACAACUUAAUAGUUCCAUAAGACUAACAGAUCUCAUCCUGCGACAUUUCAUGGCUGGGUAUAAACAGUGAGUGUGUUUUAAAACUUUGUCACAUAGAAAUUGCAGCUUACAGUAGAUAUAAAAUCACAAUAACAGUCAUUGAUUUUUGUUUAUGUGGAGAACAACUGUGAUAUUUUUUGCUUUAACACAGCCAUAGAAAAAAUACAUAAACAAAUCCAACUAUACUAAACGCCUCACUAAAAUAGCUAUAAGCAUCAGCCACAUACCCUCAAUUAUUUCACUUCUACAUGUAUAUAUUCUUCAAAGUCUCCUCAUAUCACAUGGAAUGGAUUGUGAAGCAGCUGGGGGAAAUCUAGAGAAUUGUAUAGAGUUGUGGUGUUUCGUUCCCUAGGUAGGCUCUUCAAAGUACAUGGCAGAGAUGUUUUCUGUUUUUUCGACAUCAACGCGACAUCUUUGUGACGGUCCCUUAGUGAACGUCCGCCAACCUCCUCAUCUCAAAGACAUAUCUGCAGCGACAUAUUGAUUUCAUUAUGCAAUUUAUAUACAAUGUGUUUCCACUGAACAUAUAUUUAUUGGUAUACCAUAAUGUACAUUGUGAAAAUAUUAUUUGAUAUGCAGUUUAUUUUUACAGAAUGAUCUAUUUUUCACAUGACUCGAUUCAUUUCAUGUAUAGGACCAAUCGCUCUCGCCAAUGUUCUGAUGAACAGCAAGAGGUAGAUCAAUAUUUAAACCAGCCAUACUGCAAUACUGAAACUGUAUUUUUCGCACCGUUGUCGCCAUAUAUUCUAAUUUCAACACACAACACACUUUUUCAGCACAUGGUAUAUAAAUACCAGAGUUAGAAGUAUAACAAAAACAACUAUAAUUUAACACCCAAGGAAAACAAUAUUUCUCUCCUAGUCUUUUUCAGGCACUCUCUCUCUCUCGCUCUCUCUCUCUCUGUCUCUUUCUCCAUCACACACACCCACACUCACAUACACAUGUGCAAAAUGAACACAACCGAACACACACAGGGGAGCUGGAAUGUAGCUGUGAACAGUAUGUAAAUAGAAUGGUCUACGGUCUAAAAGAAUGCCACUGUGUAAGAGUGCAUGUGAAUGAUAUUGUAGUGUAUCUAAUUCCUUAUAACGGUGAUAUACUUGUCCUAUAUUGUCACAGUAAUGCUGUUGUUAGCUUAGAGCAGUCCACUAUAUUACUUGUUUCAAAGCUGUAAAUAGUACUACUCAUGAAAUGACUGAUUUUACUGAAGAUCAAUUUCAAAAUUCCUUAUUGGGGGGAUAAAAAAAUAAGGAAUUUGUCUCAGAUAUAUUCAGAUAUUCACAAGUCGUCUUCAAACCGUCCACACUCUGAAUUAAAGGGACGGAUUCCCAGACCAGGGUGUCAACGGGAGACUAACUUCACAAUGCAACACAUCAGUAUAUUAUCCAAUGGUGUUCCUUCUCAGUGUGUCAGAAAAAGGCCACCCUAUUCUAAUCUCCAUGGAGACAAAGCAGCGACGGAGUUCAGUAAGAGGGAAGUCGGGAAGACAAUGACUCAAUGACUAUCGUCGUGGAAACCCGGCCCGCAGAUGAGAAGAUUCGGGUGGGGCGAACUUCGAGCUAACAGUGAAUAUGAACUCGUACUCUGGACAUGAUGAACACGUUUGUUCUGUUGAGUGCGACGGACUCGAGAACUGCACUGCACUGCUGCUGCUGCUAUGGGAAGACGAAAAUAAUUGGCAUGAUAAUGGUGGUGAUGUAAUUUACUUGUCUAAUAAAUGUUUCUUCUUUAAAAGUA